AUGGAGCAUUCGUUUUCGCUCAUAGCACCGCCUUCCUUGCUCUCUAAAGAGUUGUCUAACGCGUCACGCAAAUCUCUACAUGCAUAUCUGUCAUUGGGGGGAAUGUCGCGGGGCGGGGGCGCGGGCGCGGGCGGCAAGGCGGCGACGGCGAAGCGCGUGCCGCCGCCCGCGGUGCCCGGCGACGCCUUCGCCACGCCGCACCACCGACACUCGGGCUCCAGCUUUGGAUCGCAGGGCUAUGCCUCUUGUGAGGACCAGCCUUACCCGCAGCCGCCCGACACGCCGUCUCAUACGAGAGAUGACCACUCGGACUACGGCAGCACGGUGUCAGGCGUAUCGGGCGCUAGCGGCAGCUUGGGCAAGUCACCGGCGGGCGGGGGGACCUUCACCUUUCCACCGCAGCCGCUCACGCACAAAGCUGCCGUCUACUACCACCACCAGUUGGCUCUUAGUGACGACCAGGGCAUUGAUAUGACACAGAGUCCGGGUCGCGACAGUCCCGGGUCUUCAUCCGGUUCGGCGGGAUCUGGGUCGCGCCACUCGUCCGCGUCGCUCGACAGCGGGCGUGCGUCAGGCCGUCUGCCGCCGCAUCACCACCACGCCGCCUGCCACUGCGGGGAUACUGACAGAGUACGCGCCAUGAUCUCACAGGGACUACCAGACACAGAUAUAAUCCACGCGUGGUUAGCGGACAUACAGAUGGAGGAAUACGCGCGACUGUUCAUAGAAGCGGGCUACGACUUGCCAACAGUGACGCGGAUGACUCCCGAGGAUCUAACAGCCGUCGGUAUCAAGAAACCUAACCACCGCAAACGGCUCAAAGCAGAGCUCGCUAACCUCAACGUGCCGGAUAAUCUGCCCGAUUAUAUUCCGGGUUCGUUAGAGGAGUGGCUGCGCCUGCUCCGACUUGAGGAGUACGGACCAGCGCUGGUGGCUCAGGGUUACCGCACCGUACAUGACGUCACACAGCUCGCAUGGGAGGAUUUAGAAGAUAUGGGUAUAGUCCGACUCGGUCACCAGAAGAAAAUACUCCUCGCCAUCAAGAGAGUGAAGGACAUCAGAGCCGGCAAGCGAAGCAUCAGCAGCCAGGGCUCGCUCGACUUCACCAGGCUACAACCCGGACAGGAUUUAUAUCCAAGAGAACUACAUUACCAGCCGUGGGAGAGGCACGCGAGGAGUUACCAUAAACCCCCCGAUCUAAACUUUGACGCCAUACCAACGCCCCUGAGUGCCACAGACUUGGUUCCUAUCCAGAUCCGUCAUCCUCGCGGUAAAUCCUUGGAAAGCUUAGAAGAUCCUUCAGAAAGGACCUCGCACACGACAUUUUCUCCCGAAGCGGGCUUCUACUACGGCGGUGGCCAGUGGAGGCGCUCCUACGACGAUGGUGACAUCACGCCCACCAACGACUGCUCGUACGAGGGAGGGGGUACUUUACCGCGUCCGAGGGGCUUAGUCCGUCCUCGACCGGUUGCGAAGAUACAAGCGACGCCCGCGUACAGAGACAAGUCGCCGGACUACACGUACGAUGAGAUCGCGUACUCGGCUCGUUUACAGCGUGUGGCGUACGGCGCGAGUCCGCACGUCGCCAGGAAACCUCCACCCGAGCCCCCGAAGCGCCAGAGCUCUCAGUACGCGCCGUUCACUCGGUUCGGGCAGACGACUGUGGAGAUUCACCCCGAGAAGAGUCUGCCGCUGAGCUUGCCGGCUUACCCCAGCUCUGACUCGCUGAGCGUCUCUCUAGACAGCACGGGCCUUCUCCCCCCGCCGCCCGCGCCCUCCUCCCCGCCGCGCAGGUACGACGAUGACAACAUCAGGACCGGCUCCGACGCCAGCUUUAAGUCAAGUUCGAGCACCGAAUCGGACAGCAUUCCGUUCGCGAAUGAGAAUGCGGGGACAAUAAAGCAGAACCGAGGUCAAAUCGGGGGCCGGCCGCAUACCGUGGACUACGGCCGCACCGGCAUCGGCCUCUCCACUCUCCCGCCGAGGUCCGCCGCUGAUAUGAAACCAUCGACAACACACUCCCUCCCCGAGCACAAGGAGGAGGGCAAGAGCACGGAACCCGUUGACGUCCUCAACGACAUCGGCAACAUGCUCGCCAACCUAACGGACGAAUUGGACGCCAUGUUGGAAGAAGAGAAACGUCAAGGUCUGACUGAUUCCUAAAAUAAGCUUACUUUGGAUUCGUGUUUAAAUUUAAACAAAUUAAUGUUUCAUUUCCAACUCGAAUAGUUGAAAUUUUAGUUUAGUAUUCAUGUAUCGAAAACAAUAAAUUCCAAAGAAUAGUACUAUUAGUACAGUGAAUUGUGGUCUAUGAUUUUAAAAAUAUUGUGAGAAUAUUCUAUUAUUUUAUUUAUGUACUUGAUUAAAAAGUGACAAUUGGACAACUUUUAUAAGUGUAUACAAAUUUAAUAAUAAAGCCGUAAAAUAAGUUCCGAUAAAUGAAUUCUUGACAUGAAACUACACUUACAUUUUCUGUGAACAUAUUGUCAAUGAUGCUUUUCAAUGCAGGGUUACUACAGUAGAGCUGACUAUAGUCGUAUAGACAAAGUAAAAUGUAAUAGAAAUACUUGGGUUUUUAAAUAACAAAUUAAAAUUUGCCAAAUGUUGUUAAAUGCCUACUUCGAUUGUCACCUACCACUUAUUUAUCAGCAGCUGAUUUGAUAUUUUUAAUUAAAUAUCCGAACAUAUUACAGUGUUGCCAACAUUGCAAUUCGGAUUUCUCUAUGGUACAUAUAAUUUUGACAAAUGUGUUAUUACUUUAAAAUUAAAAAACGUUGUAUCGGCUAAUACAACCUAAUCGUUAAUAACAUUUUUGUUGACAUUUAUUUAAUACUAAUUAGUUCCUUUAACUUUGUAACUGUUUUUUUUUCAUUUGGGGGUUAUGAAAUGUUAGAAUUUGUAAGGAUCCGUAAUAUAUGAGAAUGGCUAUUUUUGUAAAUAAAGUUUUACUUAAAUUAUGUCAUAGAUAAAAUAUAUCCAGUAGUUAGUUUUCCAUGUACAAUAAAAUUAGGUUACAUGUAGAAUGGACUAGUUAGAAUUUAUACAAAAUGAUUAGUACUAGAUAUAGAUUAAAAUAGCAACUUCGAUAAAUGUAUCAUAGUCUUUUCAUAUGAAAUAGAUAUAUAGACCUCAUGAUAGACGUUGUAUGUCGACCUUCUUGUAAUAUCUAAGGACGUGCUCAUUGUCAUCCCACUUAACAUACAUUGCUUAUCUGUAUUUAAAAUUUAUUAUCUGUAUAAAACAUCCUAUUUUAAUGUUCCCUUCUAAUAUAAAAGACAUUUGUACCACUAAUUUCAGUCAAGCAAAAUAAUUUACUUAAUAUUUCAAUUUCAAAUACAUACCUAAUAUUUUUAAUUCAUUGUUUAUACGUUGUUACUAUAAAUAUGUGUCCAUCUUUCGAUAAUUUUCAAACGCAUGUCAGCUUAGUAUGUGAUAUCCAGUGGCCAUAAAAUAACAGCAAUUAUAAUAAGUUUGGAAAAAACAAAGAUCAAUUUUUAGUUAACUUCGUUACCGAACAUUUAACAUUGCCAUUGUAAACACAAAGUACAAUAACUCCAAUAAUACCCACAGAUAGUCUGCAACACUAGUGUAAAAAGUACCUACAUUUUAAUAACUAUAUAAUGUAGUGUACUUAUGAAAUAUUUUAAGCUUUAUACUGUAAAUAUCUGUUAAAGAGAUGAGUGUUUCUAUGCAGUCUCCUUUGAUACCUAACAUUUCGUAUUUAGAACUUUUGUAUAACAUGAUUAAAAAAAACAUAAUUGUGCCGUCACUCAUUUUCAUUAAGAUUGUUUUAAUGUCGCUAGAAUAGGAAGGUGCUAAACAUGAAAAGGUAAGGCGAAUUGUAUAUUUUACAACGUUGCAAUAAAGAGGUCAUUUUAAGAAUAUGUUUACUUUGGUUCUGAACUAGUCAAAAUUUUCUUUUCGAGUGGCGGCUGGGGACAACGGUAAACUUGAAGUUUUAUUAUAUUUUGCGUUAAUAUGUUAA